ACAACAUGUUAAAAGGCAUUCCCAGCUACCUACAUCUUUCACCCUGUCUGCUCCAGCUGGCCAGCUUCAGUGCCUCUGUGUCUCAGAGCUUGAGGAUGGGGAUUUGGGUUGGCUUAGCUUGUGCUUGCGCUGUGAUUGCUCUCCAGUGUCUUGCCGCACCUCUACUGCAGCUCAAGGGAGAAAACGUAAUAUCACGUGAGGAUGGAAAAACCCAAAAUGACUUGAUUCUAGCAGAUAAAUACCUUCAACUCUUCUACAGUUUUCAGGCAGGACCAACCAGCCGUAGGAAGAGAAGUCACCCCUCGUUCUCCUCCAAACUUAAGGACAUGCAGAGCUUUUUCAGGCUUAAUCAGACUGGCAGCCUGAAUCCUGAAACACUGGCUGUAAUGAAGACACCCAGGUGUGGUGUCCCUGACAUUCAGGAUUAUGUUUCCAACCGAGGCAACAGGUGGAAAAAGACUGUAAUCUCUUACAGGGUUGGGAGGUAUACCAGUGACUUACCCGUAACAACAGUAGACUCCUUGAUUGCUUCAGCUCUGGAUGUGUGGGCGAAGGCCAGUCCUUUAAGGUUCUUCAGGUCACAUUCUCAGCAGGCAGACAUCGUGGUGGAGUUUGCCACCAGGAACCAUGGUGAUUCGUUCCCCUUUGAUGGACCCAGAGGCACACUGGCCCAUGCUUUUGACCCAGGAGAGGGCAUUGGAGGAGAUGUUCAUUUUGAUGAUGAUGAACUUUGGACCGCAGGUUCUAAUGGGUUUAAUCUGUAUCUAGUUGCAGCACAUGAGUUUGGACACGCUUUGGGUUUGAGGCAUUCUCAAAACCCGGAGUCCCUCAUGUAUCCCACUUACAAACUCCGAAAACCACACAACCUGCUUUCCAGUGAAGAUAUCAUUAACAUCAACACACUUUAUGGACCAAGCAUUCAAAGGCCUUAUUAUCCAAGGCUGAGUUGGAGCUAUCCCUUCAAUCCAUGGUAUACUGGCUCUUAUUUCCCCAUGGGAUUAAAGGAUAAAUGUAAUCCUGAUCUAUCUUUUGAUUCUGUUACUACUUUGGGUGAUGCCAUUCUCUUUUUUAAAGGCAGGUAUCUAUGGAUCAAGCACAAUAACAAAAAUGACAUAAAGGAGGGCCCCAUCAACAACUUCAUGCCAAACAUCAAUUCGAAGAUUGAUGCUGCCUACUGGGUUCCACAACGUUCAACAGCCUACCUCUUUAGUGGGUCCGACUUCUGGACAGUGAAAGGGUCUCAGGUGAAAGGCCGACGUAAAAACAUCAGCAGCCUCGGAUUCCCAGCUUGGGUGGAGCGAAUAGAUGCUGCAUUGCAUGUUCACAAAACUGUCUACACCUUAUUCUUCACUCAGAACCUGUACUGGAGAUACAAUGAGAGCCAAAAGGUCAUGGAGGACUCUUACCCACGCAGCAUCUCAGAUGAUUUCCCAGGCAUUAACAAGACCAUAAGUGCAGCUGUUCAUAAAUAUGGUUUCCUGCAUUUCUUUCUGGGACCAGAGGUGUACAAAUAUGACAUGAAACUGAAGAAAGUUAUUGGAGUUAGCAAGGCAAAUUCCUGGCUUGGGUGUUAAUGAAUAAAGAUGCCUCAUAGUUUCAGACAACUCCACCCUCAGAUCAGCUUUGAGAAAUGCUCAUAAAUGGGAGGGACACUUUGGACUAUUUGAGAAGGAAAGAGAGUGGGUGCUACAAAAGUUGGAGCUGAAGUUAAAGUUUCUUUGAAAACAUCUUGCAUCACAUCAGAUACUGAAUACUGAAACUCAUUUCAAUAUUAUUUCAUUGUGCUGUACAACACCCAGCUGAUCAGUGAUAUCUUGGACAUGUUUUGAGAAAAAAGGGGGACUCAUAAGGGAUAGAUACAAAAGAAAAAAUACUACAUUGUUCUUGCAUUUUAUCCCCUGAUGUCCACCUAAAAUAUGUUUCCUUUAUGUACAAAAACAGAUCACAAUUCAUUUUUACAAGACCAUUUUCCCACUUCUCUUCAUCCCUUAGAAUUAAACAGGCUGUUUUAGUUG